AUGCCUCCUGCCCAAGAUCCUGCCACGCUCCAGGUCGAGCUUGGUGCUGUUCCUCCCGCCGGCUCCCCCUACGGUGUUCCCGUCCCCGGUUCUGAGCGUCCCGGCCGCAGCGCUGUCUACAGAGGCUGGAGAUUCCGCGACAGAGAGCUUCUGACCACCUUUGACCCCAAUGUGCGCUCUAUACACGACUUGUUCGAGGCUUCAGCUCGCAAGUGGCCCAAGAAGCGAUGCAUGGGCACUCGCCAAUGGAAUUCCGCCACCCAGACUUGGGGAGACAAGUUCGAAUGGAUGACGUACGGCGACGUGGCAGAGCGAAGAAAGAACUUUGGCGCCGGUAUCGUUGAGAUCCAUAAGCGCAUCGGGUAUCCCAAGGACAAGUACGGUGUUGGUGUUUGGUCCCAGAACCGUCCCGAGUGGCAAAUCGCUGAUCUCGGUGCUUCCUCGCAAUCGCUUUAUACUGUCUCGCUGUACGAGACUCUUGGCCCCGAUGCUACCGAGUACAUCAUCAACCAUGCCGAGCUGCCUAGCGUUGUGUGCUCACUUCCUCACAUCUCCAAGCUCAUUAAGCUUGCACCGCGCAUUCCGUCCCUCAAGCUCAUCAUAUCCAUGGACCCGCUUGAGCAUGGUGAGCUUCCUGGACUGUCCAAGGCCGAUGUUUUGAACGACCUUGCGGCCCAGCACGGCAUUAAGAUUUACUCCAUGGCCGAGGUUGAGAAGAUUGGCGUCGAGUCUGGCCGUUCCAUGCGCCCUGCUAGCUGGGAUGACAUUGCCACCAUUAACUACACCUCAGGUACCACUGGCGCUCCCAAGGGUGUUGUUCUCUCGCACGGAAAUGCUGUUUCUGCCAACGCCGCUGCUCGUCUGGGUGGUCAUGUCAAGGACAACGACGUUCACAUGUCAUAUCUACCGCUUGCGCACAUUUAUGGCCGCCUGAUUGAUCACAUUGCUCUGUCAGAAGGCGCUGCCGUUGGUUUCUUCCGUGGCGAUGUCUUGGGUCUCGUUGAUGAUCUCAAGAUCCUCAAGCCCACAGGCUUCAUCUCCGUCCCACGUCUGUUUAACCGAUUCAACUCGGCCAUUCGCACCGCUACUGUGGAGGCUGAAGGCUUCAAGGGCGCUCUUUCAAGGCAUGUCGUCAACUCCAAGAAGGCUGCCAUGAAGGCUGCUCCCGGCCAGGCCUCCAACACCCACUUCUUCUGGGACAGAAUCUGGACCCGCAAGGUCAGGGCUGCUGUUGGUUUAGACAAUGCUCACACAAUGAUCAGCGGAAGUGCUCAGCUUGACCCCGAUGUCCAGGAGUUCCUGCGCGCUGCUUUCGCCAACACGUUCCAGCAGGGCUGGGGCAUGACCGAGACCUAUGCCACCGGCACUGUUCAGAUGAAGGGCGACUUCUCUACCGGCAACGUUGGACCCCCGAUGGGUGACGUCGAGCUGUGCCUUGAGUCCGUCCCCGAGUUCGACUACACCGUCAACGAUAAGCCCAAUCCCCGUGGCGAACUACUCGUCAGAGGCCCUGCCAUCUUCAAGGAGUACUACAAGAACGAGGAGGAGACCAAGAAGGUUCUUGAGGCUGAUGGCUGGUUCCACACGGGCGAUAUUUGUGAGAUUGAUAAGCUUGGCCGCUUUAAGAUCAUUGACCGCAAGAAGAACGUCUUAAAGCUGUCUCAGGGCGAGUACAUCUCCCCUGAGCGUAUUGAGAACGUCUACGCUGCCAACACCAACCUCGUUAACAUGGGUUAUGUUCACGGUGAUGCCAAGGAGUCUACUCUCGUUGCCAUCUUUGGCGUCGACCCUGAGAACUUCCCUGCCUGGGCCUCCAAGGUCCUGGGCCGCACGGUCUCCAAUGACCCUAGUGACAUGCGGGCCGCUGCCAAGGACCCCAAGGCCAGGCAGGCUUUCCUCAAGGUUCUUGACAAUAUUGGCCGCAAGCACAAAUUCAACAGUUUUGAGAAAGUCAGGGGCGUUCACUUGGAUGUUGAGCCCUUUACAAUUGACAAUGAGCUCCUCACCCCGACUCUCAAACUCAAAAGACCCCAAGCCGCCAAGAAAUACCGCGCCGAAAUCGACGCCAUGUACGCUGAAAUCAACAAUGCCCAGCCCGCUGGCUCGGCGAAGCUGUAA